GGGAACCAUAUUCUACGAAACGCCGUAGUUAUCAGACUGAUAUUGAAAACAAGGCUACCAUUACCGAUUUACUGUCAAGCAUCAAUCUACUUACCGCGGUUAUAGAAAUGGCAGAACCAGGAGAAUCACGUCAUUCUGCAAUGAUUUCCUACAGCUGGAAUGACAAAACAAAAGUUGAUAAAAUAGCCAAUGAAAUGACAGCAAAUGAUAUUCGUGUUUGGAGAGAUGUCAAUGAUAUGGGCAACGAAAUCUAUUCAUCAAUGGGCGGAGGGGUCGUUAAUUCCCUUGUAUUUAUUGCAUGUAUCUCGGAUGGAUAUCAGAGCAGUAUUAACUGUAAACAGGAAUUAAGGUUGGCAGCCGACAAAAAAAAAUGCAUCAUUCCCAUCAAAAUACAGGAUGUGAAAUUUGAUAAUGAAGUUGCGUUAAUAUGCGCUGGUAAAUUGUACAUUGACUUCUCAGAUGACAGCAAGUUCGAAGAAAAAAUUAAGAAUCUGAUUAAUAGAGUCAAAACACACAUGGACCAACCUGAUUCUGCCGAGCCGAUAAACAAUGUCGCAGUAUCCACCGAAGUUAGUACCGACAACAUCGAGUUUGUGGUGAAUGAAAUUACCAAAGAAUGGAAACCACUUGGAAGAAAGCUUGGAUUCAAAGACGCCGAUUUAGAAGCCUUCUUUUCUGAUCAUCGGAUAGACGGUAUAAAAGAAGUUAUAAUGGCAAUGCUCAGAAAGUGGAAACAGAAUGGAAAUGCAACAGUAGAGAAACUUCGACAGGCACUUCAAGGUGUAGGGAGAAAGGACGUGGCUGAUAAAUUGUAAUAGGAAAAUAACGACGGUGUUUUUAGUUUUCUAGUAAGGUACGAUUAUGUAAUGUUUUUCCUGUGUUUUAAAUAUUUCUGUGUUUCCCCGCCAGGAACAUGUAUAAAACGUGCUUAUUAUAACAACACUUUUAAAAGUGCUUUUACUAGACACACAUUUUGUAAAGUUUUUAUAAAGUGUAAAGUGUCUCAAUCGAAGACAUAUUUUA